AGAGAUGUUGGAAUUCUGUGUGAAUGUGAUACAUUGAACAUUGAAAACUUAUAUUGUGACUUUUUGCAUGGACUAUAAAUUGACAUACUAUACGUUGUUUUACACUACUUUGAUGAAGAUACUGAACUUUUAAAUCAGUAUUAAGAUUAUCAUUUUAGUUUUUCAUACUUUCAUCAUGCGCACAAUUGAAUAUGGGACAACGACGCACGUCCCGGCAUUUUUGACAAAACUUUGGAAAUUAGUCACGGAUGAAUCUUGUGACGAACUUAUAUGCUGGAGUUACAACGGCAACAGCUUUAUCAUCUAUGAUGAAAUCAGAUUUUCAAAAGAGCUCUUACCGAUGUAUUUCAAGCACAAUAACAUGGCAAGCUUUGUAAGACAGCUGAAUAUGUAUGGAUUUCGCAAGUUGAGCUGCGUCGAUCAAGGAGGGAUGCAUUGCUACAAGAAUGAAAUUGAAUUUUACCAUCAGUACUUCUUGAAAGGCCAGGAAAGCUUGCUAGAGCUUAUUAAGCGAAAGAUCCCAAAUAAUAAAUCUGAAGAUCCAAAAGUAAAACAAGAAUACAUUGACGAAUUGUUAUCGAAUAUCAAGUCUCUUAGGAACAAGCAAGAGAACUCUGAUCAGUGCAUGAGAAGCCUCAGACGAGAAAAUAGAAUUUUGUGGAGGCAAGUCAAUGUUUUAACUGAUAACUAUUCCAAACAGCAAGCAGUUUUACAACAGCUUGUUCCAUUUUUUAUGAAUAUGGUUCGAUCAAAUCGAGAGGUUACCAUGAAAAGGAAACCUGCUUUGAUGAUGGAUGAAAGUGACAUACGCGCUAAGCUUGCCAGAAUGUCCCCUCCUUAUUAUCUAGACAAAAGCGAUCCAGAGCAGAGUAAUUCCUCACCUUCACCACCAAGUAAUGUUUCAAAUAGAGGACCUGUUAUUCAUGAUGUAACAGAGAUGGAAAGUCACAAGAUGUUUCCCGCCAACAUUUUAUGUUCUCCAAACGCUUCUACGUCAAAAGAAUGUGAAGCCAUUGUCGAUAGUCCUUUAUCUUGUAACUUAGAAAGCUCAGAACAGACCAUCGACUGUUCAUACAAUGAACCAGGUGGCUCAAUGGAGACGAUUAGUAUUUUAAACCAAAACUUUGAGAGAUUGGAAAAAUGGACAGCACUUAGAGAAAGGAGCAGAAGCAAUUCCACCAAUUCCCGCAUGGAACUUAAGACUUCUCCAAUCAGUUCUCCAGCAUCAAGCCAAACCUUACACCUCUCACCACCAUGCACAUCACCAUCUGUGAGAAGUCCAGUUUCUAGUUUCAGUCCUGCACAGAAUGGUAUUUCACCUGUUGCCAUAAUUGAUGAGACAACAUCAGAUGUCCCCCUGACAAAUUUAAUGUCAAGCUCUUUCACUCCAAAAAUUGAAAACGUAUGCAGCGAAAAUGGAAUGUUCACCAUUAGCUCAAUUUUAAGAGAAAAUGCAUCAUCAGUGAUGAAUGAAAAGCAGUCAUUAGUCGAUGAACGUUCAUCGAUGAUGCCAUGCUCAUCAAGAAUGAAUGAGGAUCCUCCUCCCAUGUCAUCCUUAAUUAACAAUUCGCCAAUAAUAAAUGAGGGUUCUUCUACCAGAAUGAAUAUUGAAGCGCCUUCUUCUAUUCCACAAAUGUUGAGCAAAAUGAAACAACCAUCCAUGGAACCUUCACAAAUUAUUACUGAACAAAUAUCGUUAGGCCAUCAGCAACCUAGGAAUGAUCAACCACCUCGAUUAACUGAAAGGCUGCAAAUGCUGAACGAAAGGUCAGCUUCAGUCAUGGAGGAAGCUUCUUUAAUCGAAGCACCAAAUACAUCAUUGAUAAUGAACAAAUCUCCUUUGAUGAACGAGGAAGCAGUAUCAAUGAUUGAAAGUUCGUCAUUGGUUAAUGAAAAAACAAUUUUGAAUAGAUCAUCUUUGAUGCAUGAUGCAUCUACAGUAGAUAGACCUGCUAUGAUGAAUGAAAAAGCAUCUUUGAUCAUGAACCAAUCACCAUUGAUUCCUGAAGCAUCAUCUUCCAUGAUCAACAGACCGUCAAUGACUAGUACGAGGCCAUCUUCCGUAGUCCACAACAGAGCCACAAUGAUGAGUGGUGGUACCUCAAUCCGUAGUAACAGUGGAUGUGUAAAUAGAGAUGGGAAGUUACCUUCAACUUACUUUCCAAAUGGAAAGAAUACAGUGACUGACAUGAACUGGACUUAUAAUCCAGAGCCAUAUACAAAUGAAGCAAAUAUAGAAAAUUGGCUUGGACAAAUUUUCAAAACAGACAAUCUAAUUGCUGGAUGCAGCUUACCACAAGAUUAGAAUGACCACUGUCACUUUCUCCAAGAAGAAAAGAAUAUUAAAUAACAGGCGAAGAAUUUUCUUUGUCAAAUGAAUUAAAUAGAAAACUGUACAGAGAUCACAAGAAUUCAUUAGAGUUAAAAAGUGAUUAAGCCAUCAAAUUCAUUUAGUAUUUAGUCUUUUGUAGUAUAAAGGUGGCAGGAACUGUUUGUAAACGCCCAUUUGAAACUAGUUGUAGUAAUAAUCAGUUGAUUUUUUUUGUAUGACAAAAAUUUAAAUAUUUGUUACUAAUGUAUAUAAUUCACAUGUAAUAUUCACAUAAUUGAUGAAAAAUGUUAAACAUGCUUUUGAUGGAAUUUAAAUGCUGAAGUUUUUCUAUUCCAAGAAAACAUAUCUGUGCAUUAUUUUUUAAAAAUUAAUUAUUAAAAUACUGGAAAGACAUAAAAAGUAAAAUUUAAUUUUUAUUUCAGAAAUGUUUAAAUAUUCAUGUGUUUCUAGCUUGAACUAGUGCCAACUCUUAUUUAUGACUGUAUACUAAAUUAAUAGUUUCAUGAUGGACUAAAACUUAAUGUAUACACCAAACUCUAGUAAUAUGAACACAGAUUCCAAGGUUUCUUGGAAAAAACGCACAUAAUUUAAUUUAAUCUGUUUGAUAACGUUUCAACGCAGUCUGUUUUUUUUUUCUCAGAAGUUAUUUUUAUUUGUUUCUGUUAUUAGUUUUAGUUACAAUAUAAUAUUUGUCAUAAAACUUCAAAUCAAUCUUUUGUUUCUUGAAUUAUGUGAUGCUUUCAUGGAGACACUUCCUAUUGGAAAUGUAACAUUCCUUAUCGGCAGGAAUGAAUUGCUUGAAUUUUGUUUAGCAUUUCAUUCAUAUUGAAUGUGUGUUUAUAUAUGUUUCGUUGUCAUCUAAAUUGAGUAACCCCAUUUGCAUUGUGUUAUGUUAUUUCAUGGGUAAAUCUAAUUUAAAGAAAAGUUAUAGCAAAUGUUCCUCUGAUAAUGUUGAAUAAAGUAUUUUGUUGGCAAAGGAAUUCUGAUUAGGUGCAACUAUUGUGAUAAAACAUAAGCCAACAUAAUAAAAUGUACUCACAAUUUAUUGUAAAAUAUUUUUCAUACAACAGAUUUAUACCAUAUUUUUGUAUAUAGCUAAUGUUUUUCUUUUGACAGUUCAACAGUUAAUCAGGCAUUGAGUUUUACAAAACUAUUGCUUGUAUUUAAUUUGCAGCACAUACUCUGUGAUGGGAUUUAAAUCAUUCAAAAAUCUACAAGCUUGUUUUAUUUUUUUAGGGGGGAAAUAUAUAGAAAGAAAAAGUAAUGAUAUAAUUUCAUAAUUCAGGUGCAUUUACUUGCAUAUUAUAUUCAUUUUUAACUGAAUUUACUUUAUUUAACUGAUAUAAAAAAAUAUUAAAUGAAGCACUAUUCUUGCUAAAAAGUGUUUCAUUAGGGAUAAGAUUGACAAAACAUGUUAUUCAGAAUAUUAAAAAUAAAAGCAUUUGUUUUAAAUCAUUCUAUACAAAUUACACAGAUAAAAAAUAGUUAAUGCAUUUUGGUCAAAUUUAUUGUGUUUCAUUGAUAUUUUUCAUUGUGCCAAAUUUUAAGUGUUACAUUUGAAAGUUUCAUACUUGUCUUAAUUUAAAUAUAAGAAUUUCUAUGUUUCAAAAAUUUGCAUUUUAAAUGCUAGUAAAUAGAAUGUGAGAAAUUUCACAUAGACCCAAAAAACAUGUACCUUCUAAAUCCCAUCACUGUGUACUGCCAACAUAAAGUUACUGUAUUUUUUUAAUUUUGAAUUCCUUUGAUUAAAAUGUUUAAAGUUUUGUUAGGUUAUCGUUACUUUAUUUUUUAUGUUGUCUAAAAUGUACAGUGGAACAUUAACAGAAAUAUUUAAUUUGGCAAAGGAAUAUUGAAAAAAAAAUUAGAUAUAUGAUAAUUCUGUGCAUCAUCGCCUUACAAUUGGUUAAAACAUCACUGAAACUGAUUUGUUAAGCAUUGAAAAAGGAAGUUAAAAAACAAAAAAAUGCUUAUCCUAUGCUUUUUUGUCAUUUGGUAUUGAGCUUGUCAAAUGCAUUCAAUGUUGCAACAUAAUUUAUUAGUUUCCAUAUUUAAAAAAACGAAAUGUUACAUGUCCAAUUCAUAAGUUCAAUAUAAUUACAGGCCUCCCUCGUAUAACACGGUACUUUUACAACAGUUUUGAUAUUACACAGUACCAAAUUUGCGAUUUUUAUAACACGGUUUCGAUAUUACACGGUACAAAAUUUUAAUUCAUAACUACACAGUUUUGAUGUAACACGAAUUUAAAAAGAAAGAAUUCAAUUUUUAUUCAAUACACUCAAAAAAUAUAUGAUAACUGUAAUAAGUUUUUACUUUGUUUAUAUGAAACUAUUAAGAAAAAUUGUCCUUCUUGGGCUCAAAAGUUUGGUCCCCCCAACACUAACUUUCAACUUUUAAAUACAUACUUGAUUUUUCUCAUCAGUGUUUUAAAAGCAAAAAGGUGAAUAUUAUUUUGUUUCCAAUGCAUUGUAAGAAAAUAACAUUAGGAUUAAAGAAAAGCUAAAUUUGGCAAACAUUAAAUGAGUUGAAACAAAAUAUGAUUUAAAAUAAAUGGAAUGAUGCUAUUUAUUUUAUUUUAAAUUUUGUUUUCUCGUUGUUGCUCAGACGAAUUUUAUCGCUACAGAAAAGUGCAGAUACUUUUUCUUAUAUAACGCAUUUUGUUCUUGAUACAGAAAGAAAAGUGGAUUAAGUUUCUUCGUGUUAUGCAUAACUGUUUUAAUUUAAGGUGUGUAAAAUGAUUAAGUUUUAUUGUUUGUAACAAUUCUCAUUGUUAAAUCAGUGGGUCUUUGUAUGUUCUGGUUGCCAGUUUUCGUUUAUGUUCUUUUGAGCCGAAAUUUUAUCUAUUAUAAAAACACGGUUUCAAUAUAACAUGGAACAUGGUUUUGAUAUAACACAGUACACAUUGACAUGAUUUAUGAUAUGUACGUGAUUAGUUAGGUUAAAAAAUGAGUAAAAAACAUUUAUAAAAAAAGUCUCGUAUAACACGGUUUCAAUACUACAUGGAACGAAUUAACAGUGUUAUAUGAGGGAUACCUGUAUUGGGAAACAAAGGGAAUUUUUUAAACAAGUUUUAAAAUAUGAUGGAUAACUUUAUUGCAAGAUUUAUUUUCUUUGAUUAUCUACCCCUCCCCUCAAGCAAAAGCAGAUUAUAUGUUAAAAUUUUAAGCACAACUGAAGUAAAACAGUAUUAUGUCAUAAAACAUUGAAUAAGUAAAUCCCAACACCAUUAUGAGAAGGCUUGCCAGAUGUCCCGGUUUGACCGGGACAGUCCUGGAUUUCAAGGCAAAAUCUUGGUGUCCCUGCUGGUUUACUUUAGGUCCCGGAAAAACAUAAAUUUGAAUAGACCAAAAGAGUCUAAAAAUAAUUAACCGUGAAGGAUUAUUUUGGAUACUUACUUUGUCAUUUGAAACAUAAACUUGAAAAUUAAUAUUGAAUCAGCUUGGAGGAUGUUAACAACAUUAAAACCAAAAAAGAGUUUCUAAAAGUCCUAAUGAAUGAAAAAUAUAUGUGAAUAUUGUUCAAGUUUUUAUUCCUCAUUUAAGGCAUUUCUUCUGACGAAAGUAACUAACAAAUAUUAAUGUAAGAAAUAAAAUGCACAAAUUUAUCUGUUUGUGUCAUUCAUUAUUACUCCUGGUUUAGGCUCAUAAUUAUUAUUUAUUCAUAGCAUUGAAAAUGAACAACCCUCUAAAAUGCGCUAAAAACCAGCCAGGAGUUUUCAGGGGUGUUUGUGAUCCAAAGUUCACAAAAAUUUUGGAAUGACAACACAUUCUAAAGCUGAAAAAAUAUUUAAAAAAAAAAAAAAAGCUUUUAAAACGUUUGUUUUUAACAGUUUUUAUUAGCAUAUUUAAGAAAGUUUUUUCUGGGGGGGGGGGGAUUCAAAGCUUCCUUAUAGUUUUUGAAAAUUUCACACUGUCUUCAGACAUUUUACUUGAGUCCACUAUAAUCCCUGGUUCUCUUUUAAAUACUCGCAAGGGGGGGGGGGGUAUUCCGUUGUCCCAGUUGCACAUUUCAAAAAUCUGGCAAACCUAAUUAUGAGCUACAUCAUAACAAGAAAUUAGCUUAAUUAAAGAACUUUUCUAUCUUAAUUUAUAUAAAAAAAAAUCUUUUCACUUAAUGUUAAUUGACCUGUAAAGUAUAGCAGCACUACAAAGAGUAUUCUUGUGUAACAAUUUAGAAUAAUGUCGGUUUCAAAAAUUAAGCUCUUUUUUUUUUUUUUUUUUGUCCAAAUCAAAAAUGAUACAUAUUGCAUGCUGUCCUAAAUUAUUUGAAUUGCAGUAGUUAUUUUUUUUUCAUUAUUACUAAUAAAAAUACUACAAAUGAAUUUAUUACGACAAGUCAUUCUCACUGAAAAUAUUGCUUUCAAUGCAGUCUGCAUAAAUCUAGGAAUUUUUCGUCAUUCCCCAAAAUGUUGGAAAUGCUUUGAAAUAAUAUCAGUCUCAUUUUGUAAAAUUCAAUUUCACGUGAAUUCCAUAGUGAGGUGUCUUAAUUCAGUAAACAUCGUAAAUUCCCCAGAAAAAAUGGUUGCAAAUAUUUUGGCAAAGUUUUGAGCUUCAAAACUAGCAUGCAACUUAUAUGUGAAGUAUAUACUGCUGUAUAAAAUCUUUCUAUCAAUUAUGAUUUGCAGAGUAAUGAAAACUGUCUACAAUGACUAGCUUGCCAAGUAUGAAAGUUCAAAAGAAAUUUUUUUUAAUAUCUCAAGUUCAAAGAAGUUUUCAGUUUUAGGUUUAAAAAAAAUUGUCUUCGAAAACUAAACUUUCCAGUUUUAGAUUUAGCUGUUGAACUUUUUCGGCUAAGGUGCCUUUUAAUUAUUUUGAUUUUUAUAAAAUAUUAUUAAAAUGUGUUUGCUCAACAUGAUUUCAAUAAUUCUCUUGUAGAGACUUUUAUUUUCAUCUGCAUCAGAUGUGUUUAAAAACUAUGUAAAAUGACUAACUGCAGUGUAACGAUUAAAUUGAAAACAAUGCAUCAAAUUGUCGCCCUUUUUUUUCUGAAAAUUUUUCUUUUGCCUGUCAGACAACAUACAGUGUAGUGAGUGAAUGACAAAUUAGUGUCCUGAUUAUUUUUAUGUUAUUAAAGCCUGAAAUAUAUGCGCUAAAACUAAAAAACAUACACCAAUAUUUUUUUAUUUAUGCAAGAAAUUUGUGGUAUGCACAUUAACUAUUUCUACUGCAAUAAAUCGCAAUAUGAUUUUCUUAUGUUAAAAAAAUUGAUUUUCUUCAUUUAAUAUUUUAAAUAUGAAAGGAUGCUUUCAGCUUCUAUAAAAAAUUUUGUGAAGAAAACUUGAGAAAAGAGAAAGUCUUAUGAAAAACCCAGUAAUAUGCAUUUAUAUGGGAAAAAAUGCAGUUUUUAUUGCAUUUAUUUGCUCAUCAAAAAGUGUAAAAUAUCCAAUUGCAUAUAAUCCAGGCCUCUAUAAGUAGUAAUAAAAAAAUGGUUUUCAUAAUCAAAGAGUAACAGUUCAAAAUACAUCAAAAUGUUUAGUAAAAUAUAAGGUUCAAUUUAUUGUUGCUUAGUUAGUCAUUUUUCAUGUAAAUAAACUGCUAUAGCAGUUAUGUAAAUCUUGUGUUUUAAUUUUUGUAAUCAUUCAACUAAAACUUUAUUCAUAUUUAUAUAAAUAUGUAUAAAAAGCAUUUAAAGUUUUUUUUUUUACACCUAUGAAAUUUUAAUUUCAUUUUUUCUCCUGACAAUCUGAAAUUAAAUUAUAUAUAUUUGUUAUUUCAACUACAAAAUGUUAUUUAACAUCUUAUAUGUAUGUAUUAUCACUUUUUGACUGCACAGGAAAUCAUUUAAUUACUUCUAAGUGUCAUAUCUUAUUCAUUUGAUAAGUCUUCUGUAUCAGAAGAAUUUCAUCAACGAAUGUAAUUUGUAUUUUUUGUAAUCAUUUAGAUUCAUAAAGUGGC